UCAUGGCGGAGGAGAAACUUUCAUUUGAACAAACGUUUAACUUUAAUCUGCUUUCCACGAAAAGCUUUAAUUUUCAGCAAGACCCUAAAACAUCACGACUUCUGAUGAAAUGGUCCAUGCUGGGUCGAAUUACAGCACACGCCUUCAACUUUGACCAAUCUUUUCAGCCUUAUAGAAGCAAUGACUUCGUCUGGAAUUUCUUUCAAGAUCCAUGCGUGAAGAACAAUUUAAAGGUCCUUGAUCACUCUGGAUCAUGGACCCUGCUGGGAGACAUAACACAUGUAAAUGUUGAAGUCGUCCCAUGUACAAAAGUUUCGGUGGAUAUAUUUGAUCCAAUUUACUCAAAUGGAAUUUUGCAUCCCUCUGGACACAUUGUCAAAUGUUACCAUGAAAUAUACCCUGACUUUGAUGAGCUACGGAUGCUUUUGCUUGAAGCAGACUCUGAACAUGAUCAUAUAAUCAGCCCCAGUGAUCGUCAGGAGUUUUUGUUCAGGCUGUUCAAACAUAUGGUCUUGGGUGGUGAACUUUGUCAAUAUGAGGAUGUCAUCGAUCCUUACAUUGAGACAGUAAAAAUAAUGUACAAAGACUUGGUCAGUGUUCAGAAGGAUACUGAUACAAAAGAGAUUAAUGUGGUCACAACAGUUUUAAAAGUUUCAGCUUAUGAUCACGUUGGAUUGUGCUACCCAUCUGCUACAGAAAAUGAACAGACGUUUGCUUACCUCUGUAUUGAUCCUUGUAAAAGGCAUGUGUAUGUUUUGUACCAUUCGUUUGGUGUAGAGGAUUUUUCAGGAAAUUGAGCGUCCUCUAUCUAGAUCUUAGCCUAUAUAAAACACUGACAUUAUAACUAGACAGUAUACGUUUUUUCCAUUCACAUGAAAUAACCAAUCAGGUGAGGAGAGCAUUUAUUAAAAAUUCAUUGUUCAAAUCAAAAUUGGUCAUCAUAUUGUUUCUAGAAUAAGAAUA